GAUUUAUGUACAUACUGCACAGAAUCCACAUGCUGCGGAAGCUUUGUUCUCAAGGUCAAGAUAUGGGUUCUGCUGCCUCUCACCAAACCCGAGAUGUGACUUUCCACCCCGACGAUAUUGUAAUUAGCGAAGAUGUAAUUAAGCGAAUCAAAAAUGCUGCUACCACCGAGGAUAAUACGAAAGAUGACGUUCGUGCACCAGAAUUGUUCAAACCGCAAUACAGUCUAGGUUUAAAACAUGAACUAGAAGAGGCAGAAAGAAGAUACGAAAAGCUCCUGCAACUACUAGAAAAACGUAAUGAACAACUGUUCAACGAGGCUGCAGAAGAAUAUACACGGACAGUUGAGCGUUUAGAAAACAAGUACAUGAGGCCUACUCCUGGGGGGUGUUGUGCUGCAGCUGAACAAAGAGUUGAAGAUUGCUAUAAGCAGAAUCCUGGAAAAAUACUUUUGUGUUCCAAACUAGUUUCAGAGUAUGAUCGUUGUGUACAAAAUUUCCUUGUCACUAUGUCUAGGAAAGUGUCAAAUGCUGCCUGAAAUUAAUACAAUGCCACUUUGUAUUUUAUGGAUUCCUAUUCUAAAAAAUGUUCUAUAAUUGUCCUACAAAUAUUGUAGCAUGCCAUUUUCAAUUAAAUGACUAGUAGUUGUAAUGAUUAUCCUUGUACAAAUUAAAUCAUACUUUAUAUGUAGUGUUAUUUGACAUUUGUUUCAAUUUAAUGUUGAAUAUCUAAACACAGGCCAAAACGAUCUUAAUUUUCAGCUAAGCAAAAGAACGAAACAUUUCGUGGUUUAUACUUAUGUUAAAAGUGAUCAUGUUAGACUAAGAUGUAGUUCUAUUCAGUUGUGAUCAUUUAUUAAAUAUAACAUAUUGAAUACAUGUGUUAGUGACUGAGUCCACACAAAACUGAUGAGGUAUAGCACUUAAUUUAUGAAUCUGUUUUUCUAAUUUGACCGACCUUUUCACUCGCUAGGUCGUUCUCAAAGUGGUUUAAUCGUUACUUGAGUGAAUAUUUUGUACAGAUCUUUACCAGUUUGUACAUAAUAACAUCCCAAUAUUUUAAUGGCUUAAUAGUUUUGAAAUGAAAAGAUAUACAAAUUUAUCAGUCUUUGUAAUAACAUUGGUUGAGGAUUUCGUUUAUAUUUUUAAGUUAUGCGAGUAACACUAAUACAACUAUCAUGCUAUCAGUUUGUCGUAAUUCACUUUCUAUCUGUCAAAUAAUAAAUGGUUUGUAGAUGUUAAUAAACGUUCCUUAUAAUA